CUUUCUCUUCUUCUUUUUUUUUUCUUACUUAUUAUUUAUUCUCCUUAUGUCAGGUGUUCAAGUUUAUUAUGGUACUCUGGUUCAUUCCCUCUCCUUGAAAGAAUUGGAAACUAUUGAACAAGGUGUGAUUGUAGUAGAAGACGGUAUAAUCACUCAAGUUGAACGCAAUGUUAAGGACGUUGAUACCUUUUUAACCACGUUGAACUUGACUAACUACAAGUUACAUCGUCUAGAACCGAAACAAUUCCUUUUGCCAGGUUUGGUAGAUACUCAUGCUCAUGCUCCGCAAUACGUGUUUUCAGGAUCAGGAAUGGACUUACAGUUAUUGGAAUGGCUCAACAAACAUGUAUUCCCUUGUGAAUCUGCUUUCAAGAAUGUCCAACAUGCAGAAGAAGCAUAUACCAAGGUUGUUUCUCGCUUUUUGAAGAAUGGUACGACAACAUGUAGCUGGUUUGCCACUAUUCAUCUGGCGGCGUGUCAAAGGUUAGUGGAUGUGGUGGAAAAGCUUGGACAACGGGCAUAUAUAGGCAAAGUCAACAUGGAUCAGAAUAGUCCUGAUUACUAUAUUGAAACGACACAAGAUAGUUUGGAUAAUACCAAGGCAUUUAUUGAAUACACUCAGCAAAAGAAAAACAAGUUGGUGACACCAGUGAUUACGCCACGAUUCGCAAUUGCAUGCUCUUCAACUUUGAUGAAAGGUCUCAGUGCUCUGGCCAAGGAAUACAACGUACCCAUACAAACACAUUUGUGCGAGAAUCCCGAUGAAAUCAGUUUUACGCGCUCUCUGUUUCCUGAUUCAUCUUCUUACACCGCCAUCUAUGAUGAUCAUGGACUUCUAGGCCCCAACUCAUAUAUGGCUCAUUGUGUACAUAUGACCGACAGCGAAAUUGACCUUCUUGCUUCAACGAAUACGGGGAUUGCUCAUUGUGCCAACUCCAAUUUUAGUUUACACAGUGGAUUAUGUGAUGUGCGACGGUUUAUGUCUAAGGGAGUGAAGGUAGGUCUUGGUACAGAUGUUGCUGGUGGAUUUGCACCUUCUAUCAUCGAUGCUAUGCGGUCCAGCUUCUUUGCCUCCAAGACAAUCAAGUUUUUACAACGUGAUCAGUAUAACAACAACAACUAUGACUAUUUACAGCCUGCUGAAUUAAUCUACUUGGCUACUUUGGGUGGUGCUCAUGUCCUGGGUUUACAAGAUACUAUUGGUAGUUUUGUCCCUGGAAAAGCAUUUGAUGCUCUUUGGAUUGAUCCUGCUACAUCACAAGGUACCGUCGAUCUUAUGGGCCAAGAAGAUUUAUCACAAAUCGUGGAGAAGUUCUUGUAUACUGGUUCCGAUCGCAAUAUUUUACAUGUAUAUGUUAAUGGUCGACGUGUCUCUGGUUCUGCUUGACGAUAAUGGUGUUUUUUUUUUUUUU